CCUUCCUUCCCAUCCGGAGAAUCAAGGCUGCUCUGCAAGUUGACUAAUUGUUACCUGGCCAACGAUAACUGCCUGGAUGGAGGAAAGGCUUGGCUUAAUUCUCUUUUCCGCUUUGCGUUGCUCCAGUUUUUUGGGGUUUCUUUUUCAGAAAAAGUUGGAUCGACUUGAACCUUUUUAAAACGCUGGGGUUGUUGGAGUGGUUGAAUUUUUCCUGGCUUUGAGUGAGAAAUUCAGAAGACUGAAGCCCAGGCUCACUGUCUACCUUUCACGGAGGCCCAGCCGUGAGAGGACAGAAGAAGGCACGUGGCGAAUCAUGACAGCAGACAAGGAGAAAGACAAAGACAAAGAGAAGGACAGGGACCGGGACCGGGACAAGGAGCGGGACAAGAGGGACAAGGCGAGGGAGAGCGAGAACUCGCGGCCCCGGCGCAGCUGCACCUUGGAGGGAGGCGCCAAGAACUACGCGGAGAGCGACCACAGCGAGGACGAGGACAAUGACAACAACAGUGCCACCACCGAGGAGUCCACCAAGAAGAGCAAAAAGAAACCCCCCAAGAAGAAGUCCCGCUACGAGAGAACCGACAACGGCGAGAUAACGUCCUUCAUCACCGAGGACGACGUGGUGUACAGGCCUGGAGAUUGCGUUUAUAUCGAAAGUCGCCGGCCGAACACGCCCUAUUUCAUCUGCAGCAUUCAAGACUUCAAACUGAGCAAGAGGGACCAUCUGCUGAUGAAUGUGAAGUGGUACUACCGCCAGUCCGAGGUGCCUGACUCCGUGUACCAGCACCUGGUGCAGGACAGGCACAAUGAGAACGAUUCUGGACGGGAGCUGGUGAUCACAGACCCGGUGAUCAAGAACCGUGAGCUCUUCAUCUCUGACUACGUGGACACCUACCACGCUGCUGCCCUCAGAGGGAAGUGCAACAUCUCUCAUUUCUCUGACAUAUUUGCUGCUAGAGAGUUCAAGGCACGAGUGGAUUCAUUUUUCUACAUCCUGGGCUAUAAUCCAGAGACAAGGAGGCUAAACAGUACCCAAGGUGAAAUCAGAGUUGGACCCAGCCACCAGGCCAAGCUCCCUGACCUGCAGCCGUUCCCUUCCCCGGACGGGGACACGGUGACACAGCACGAGGAGCUGGUGUGGAUGCCAGGAGUCAACGACUGUGACCUGCUGAUGUACCUCAGGGCAGCCAGGAGCAUGGCAGCCUUUGCAGGGAUGUGUGACGGGGGAUCCACGGAGGAUGGAUGCGUGGCUGCCUCCCGGGACGACACCACCCUCAACGCCCUCAACACGCUACAUGAAAGUAACUACGAUGCUGGAAAAGCCCUGCAGCGCUUGGUGAAGAAACCUGUGCCAAAGCUGAUUGAGAAGUGUUGGACUGAAGAUGAAGUGAAGCGGUUUAUUAAGGGGUUGAGGCAGUACGGCAAGAACUUCUUCCGAAUCCGAAAGGAGUUGCUUCCCAAUAAGGAGACCGGAGAGCUGAUCACCUUCUAUUACUACUGGAAGAAGACCCCUGAGGCGGCGAGCUCGCGCGCGCACCGGCGGCACCGGCGCCAGGCCGUGUUCCGCAGGAUCAAAACCCGCACGGCCUCCACGCCGGUCAACACCCCCUCCAGACCCCCCUCCAGCGAGUUCUUGGACCUGAGCUCGGCCAGUGAAGAUGACUUUGACAGCGAGGACAGCGAGCAGGAGCUGAAGGGCUACGCCUGCCGCCACUGCUUCACCACCACCUCCAAGGACUGGCACCACGGCGGCCGAGAGAACAUUCUGCUGUGCACGGACUGUCGCAUUCACUUCAAGAAAUACGGGGAGCUGCCGCCCAUCGAGAAGCCCGUGGACCCCCCACCCUUUAUGUUCAAGCCUGUGAAAGAGGAAGAUGAUGGCCUCAGUGGGAAGCAUAGCAUGAGGACACGGCGGAGUCGAGGCUCGAUGUCGACCCUACGCAGUGGCAGGAAGAAGCAGGCAGCCAGCCCCGAUGGCCGGGCCUCCCCCAUCGCCGAGGACGUGCGCUCCAGCGGCCGCAACUCGCCCAGCGCCGCCAGCACCUCCAGCAACGACAGCAAGGCCGAGUCGGUGAAGAAAUCCACCAAGAAGAUAAAAGAAGAGGUGUCUUCUCCUCUCAAGAACUCCAAGAGGCAGCGGGAAAAGGCAGCAUCUGACACGGAAGAACCUGACAGGUCCAAUGCCAAAAAAUCCAAAACUCAAGAGAUCAGCAGGCCCAACUCCCCCUCGGAGGGCGAGGGCGAAGGCGAGAGCUCCGACAGCCGCAGCGUCAACGACGAGGGGAGCAGCGACCCCAAGGACAUCGACCAGGACAACCGCAGCACGUCCCCCAGCAUCCCCAGCCCCCAGGACAAUGAGAGCGACUCGGAUUCCUCCGCUCAGCAGCAAGUGCUGCAGGCGCAGCCCCAGGUGCUGCAGGCCCCGAGCGGCUCUGCCCAGGCUGCCGCUCCCACCCCGCCGGCGCCGGCCCCGCUGCCG